AACGACAAGCAGCAGCUCGUGGGCGUGGCCGGGCCAUGGCGCCAAGAUCCGGACAGGACAGUGCCUGGAGCUCUCCUGCUGAGAGAACGCUUUGGCUGGGCUUCCGUGCUGGAUUCCUUCCCAAGGGAAGCUUGGCUUGACCGACUUGCUCACUGGCUGAAUGACAGAGCGGCGGGUGAAGUCGAGUGAGUGGCAGAGGGAGUGGAGGGAGUGACAGAUAGUCAGAACGACAGGUAGAGAUAGGGAGGCUGCAUAUUCAGACGGAGCAGGAAUGGUGAUGGUUUAGACCAGAGGGAGCAGGAAGCGCAAGGACUCUCUCAUGUUCAUUUCUGCGAACGGAUUGGUGUGGGUGGAUUCUCUCAUUGGCGCUUGCUUUCCUCUGGGAAGAAACGGAGGUCGGACGUCAGCGCCUUGGAUUUCUCUCUAUGCGAAAGAAGAAGACGGGUGGUGGUGCAGGAGGAGGAUGUAAGAAACGUUCGCACUAGUGGGGAACAGCAGCCAGCACUCGUCCGUAACUUAGCCUGAAAAGUUAAAACACGAAAGCAGAGUAAGAUUUUUAUUCUAUUGGGGGCGUCGAGGGCAAUAGGGAUUGUCGAGGUGGCCUAGCCUCUAGUGGGUCCGAUCAACUUUGAAAAAAGGGAGGCAAGAUAUCAAAGGCAGGAUUCAGCCUGUGGGAUCCGUAAAUUCGGUCUCGCUGUACGGAGGAUUUUGGAGCUCUCGGUGAUGGGUUGUGGCGGAUUGAUGGAGUUUUUUGUAGGGGUGUAGGAAAGUGUUGCCCCAUAUGCAGAGUGGAGCACUUCCCGUGGGGGUUUCGGUGAUGGCGCCUAAGGCGCAUUUGGAGGGCACUCUCUUUAGAUACGGUUCCAAAAGCGUUCAGGUGUAGAGUUCCUCCGUGGAAGCUAAGCGGGACUUACGCAAAGAUGCUGAAUGGUGGAAUUUAACGGCCAUGGGUAUCCAGAAGGGAACCAUAAGUCCAAAACUAGAAGGAUUGAACUGGUUUUUCCGCAAAGCAGUGUCCCGAAGAUAUAUGUUGCGUUUCGGAGUGGUGAUUUCAAGAAGCAAGUAAUAUUUUUAGGGGGUCUCACAGAUGGCCUCCUUGCUACAGACUAUGUCAAACCCUUAGCAGAUGCCCUUCUAGAUGAGAAGUGGUCUCUCGUACAGCCGUUGCUGUCAUCAUCAUACACUGGAUAUGGUCAGUCAAGUCUCAUGCAGGAUACAGCGGAAAUAGAGCAACUAAUAUAUUUCCUUAUAAAUGAAGAAGCGUCCCAAGGAGUAAUGCUGAUGGGCCAUAGCACUGGAUGCCAGAAUAUUGUUCACUAUCUAAGAAGAGGAAGUAGUUGCUCGAAGGCUGUACGAGGAGCUAUAUUACAGGCACCUGUUAGUGACAGAGAAUAUAGAGCUACGCUGCCUGAAACACCUGGUCUUCUCGAUCUGGCUGAGAUAAUGAUAAAGGAGGGAAAGGGAGAGGAACUGAUGCCACGUGAAGCUGAUCCUUGUGCUCCAAUCAAUGCCCUCAGAUAUCGAUCUUUGUGUGCGUUUCUUGGAGAGGACGAUAUGUUCAGCUCCGAUCUUACUGAUGCACAGUUGAAGAACAGAUUGGGUCAUAUGGAACGAUUUCCUUGUCAGGUGAUAUUCUCCAUGAGAGAUGAAUAUGUGCCAGACUAUGUAGACAAGAAGGCACUUGUACAACGGUUGUGCGUUGCUAUGGGUGGGGCCGAGAAGGUUGAGAUCCAGUGGGGUAAUCACAGUCUUUCAAAUCGUGUGCAAGAUGCUGUCCGUGCAGUCGUCGAUUUUGUUCGGAGAGAAGGGCCGAAAGGAUGGGACGAUCCUUGGAAAUAAGAUCCCUAAUUAAGGAUCUUGGUAGUGGUCGAUUAUCACUGGAAAUUCACAUCUGUUGUCUAUGGGUUGAAGCCUCAUAUGCGUGUGCUUUGAAUUACAACUAGGAAACUGAGCUUUGAGGAUUUCAAAAUCGCCCAGUGUCGGGCAUCUGCUAGCAAAAUUCCGAUCCCACUGUCUCCUUGUAUAUCUGUGGCUCCCUUUUCUAUUUGAGCAAAUUUUUUGCUUCAUUUGUAACCGAAGGCGCUUCAAGAGUUGUUGUGCUCUACAUGGGACAUCAAACCUGCUUAGCCGGAUUAUACGCUUCACGAAAUUGAACGAUUCAUCUGUACCACAUGCCUUCGGUAUAUAAUUGAUAUUGGAAAUGUGAUUGGCGAGAAGGG